UCGAAUUUAUUUUUAGAUUUGCGUGAGGCUUGAAGCGGGAAACCGCCCUUGUUGAAUGUCUGCGCGAGUUGUCGUAUUCUUUUUGGGUGCUGCAAUCGGUGCUGUUAUCGCCGCAAUUACGACAUAUAGAGAGACUAAGCGCCGCCAAGCGCAAGAUUUGAGACCUGGUCCCGAUGGUCCACCGCCAGACUUUCCGGACCUGGAUGCUAAAUUAAAAGACAUAGACGCCCGAGAAACCGAACUGAGACGCCGACAGACGCCACAAGACGACCCCGCCAAGAAAGCUAGCGAUCCAACCUGUGACGUCUGCGAAUCGAUGGAGGCCAAAUUCGGUUUAAGCUGUGGCCAUUGUCGUCUUUGCCCGAAGUGCGUGUCGGAUUUGAAACGUUGUCCGAAGUGUUUGGGUCCCGUGGAGUGGCCGGUUGAUUGCGUCGAGUGA